UGUGAAAACUAUUAUAAUUUUCAGUAAUGUCUUUACUUCAAACUUUACCGUACAAAGACUAUGAGAGAGCGUUAAAGUUCACAAAGGAACAGUGUGAAAUUAUUGCAAAAGUUGCAGACUUGAGAAACAUCAGUUUCCUCGAUGCAGGAAAACCCGGCGAAAUGCUAAUGAAACAGUUGGACAGGCAGGGUUAUUCAGCCAAUCAAUAUAAACAGAUUUUAAACUCUGCAUUUAUCACCAGAAAAGCCACCUUUUACAAGCCACAAGCCAAGGUUGCAAUUCUUAUAGGAAAUGAGCAAUACAUACAUUUGGCAAAGUUAGCCACCCCAGCAACAGACUGUGAUCAUUUAGGAAAAAAACUGAAAACCUUGGGUUUUACAGUUAUAACUUUGAAGAAUAUAACUAGUGGGGUAUUGAAGAAUGUCUUAGUACAUCUUUUGGAAGUUGUACCAAAUGAUUCAUAUUGUCUUGUGUUUUACGCUGGCCAUGGAUGUGAAAUAUGCAACACAAAAUGUUUGCUAAGUAUAGAUUGUCCAUCAGAAAAUAUACAACCACAACACUUUAUAACUGAGAACUUUUUACUCAAUCAAGUGGCCAAGUGCAAACCAGACCUGUGUGUUUUACUUAUGGAUAUGUGUAGAGUUAAUUUAGAUAGAAAUAACAAUCAAAACCUCUUUGCUCAACUGCUAACCACGGAGGAGUACAGCAUACAUAAGAACCUCCUUGUCGGCUACUCCACUCUGGCCGACCACGCAGCCUAUGAAGUAGUGCAGAUAGAACUGUCCCACAGUGUUGAUAGUAAACUUACAUAUGAGUUGAAGACGGGAGACCAAGUGAUACAUGGAGCCAGUCAGUAUGCCAGUGCCCUCUGUGAUCAUAUAGAAGAUGAUUGUGAUGUGGCCUCCUUGAUCGAUAAAGUGCAUGGAGAUGUUGAAAAUGCCGCCAAAAAGCAGAGGCCUAUUAAACUACAAUGUGGAGUAGCAAAGAGAUCCCUACAUGAUCCAGCCACUGGUGAUAGUAGUUUGUUAUUGAAGAAUCUGCAAAAAGUAGUUAAGCAAUUAAAUGAUAACAUUAUUGUAUUAUAGUCCUACAUUUUCUGCAAAGAUAGUAGAUAUUUAGGACAUCACGUGGUGCUAUUUUAUAAGUACGCAUAAGUUAAAAUAUCAUAAGUUUUAUACAGAAAAAAAAAAACAAAUUAAAUGAACAAAUUAACUGUAA